AAGGGCUUGCGGCAUCAUCAGUCGACUCAUCUGGUGUCGCAGAUUGGUUGGAUAUUCAUCGCAGAGAGGCCAUGGCUGACAGGGCGAUGAAGGUGAGCGAGGCAACAGGGUGAAGCAGUUUGGUUGCAGAGGCACACUGACUGGCUGUGAUUGUGUUGUUGUUGCUGUUGUUGCUUGCUGCCUGUCAGACGCAGAGGCGCGGCUCGGGAGAGGAACGAGAUAAGCCUCCUCGAUAAAAAGCUCCACUGACAGAGAGGCCAUCGUCCACAUAUUCUCCUCGGCAAAUCUCGCUGGUAGGAGCACAUGGUUUAUGACGAGAAAUCACGCCGUCAGUGAUGCAUGCUUGUGUGCUCUUCUCGUCAGCCGUGUGUGAGUGACGCCAUGGCAGCUCCAGCUUCAUCUUCAUCAGCUGAUCCGCCUCAGGCAGAGGUGACUCAGCACAGUAGACACAACAACCCCAUGAUGUGCAAAUGAACUAUUCAUUCCUUUGGUCGUUCGUUCGUUUCGUCAAGUGAUGGAGCACUCGGCGAGCGGUCGUCACCAGGAGGGCACCCGUGUGGUGCUGCUGUCGAGCACCAAGAGGGCUCCCACCGACGACUAUGUGUGGGUCACGGCCAGAGUAUAUCGCAUCGACCCACAUGUGGUCUACGAGAAGGAGGGCACUCUGCACGAGGGAACGGCGCUCCACAUGAGGGAAGUUGGCGGAUGGCGGGAGGAGUUCAAAGUGGUGGUGCCGCACCAGACCGACACGCACACAAACCCGAACCCACAGCCACCCGUGGUAGGUAAACACACCUCAACAAAAAAAUCCCUAAACCACUGCUUGAUGCUUCUCUUUGGUGCGUGUCCGUCUGCCUUGCUGCCUAUGCGAAGGUGUGGGAUGUUAAAAAGAAGGUACACGCACACAAGCAGCGACACACGACACACACAAAUGAUGUCAGCCACUCUCAUGCCGCCUUGUUUCCCUUGGUCAUGUGUCUGCCUCAGGCACCUGAACGCUUCGGCGAAGACAUCGUGGCGUCACUGCUUAGCUUCAUGACCCCUCGCGAGCUGUCGGCCCUCUUCCCACCCCCUCACAGCACCGAACCUGCAACGAAUGCGAUCCCCGACGAGAAGUCUCGCAGAGAGAAGCCCAUACUCAGAGUAUCUCGCAAGUCAGUGAGCAGAGGGGAGGGAACUAAAUGCCUAGAGCGAUGUACCCACUUCUUCUCCUCUGUGGUCUUGUCAGCCGUCUCUCAUCCGUUGGCGGCUCUGUCGGCACCGAUCCACCCCUCCCGGCCAUCACAUCGUCUCCCGCCCUGCCGUCGACCAAUGGCGGUCCGCUCUGUGCGGGUGCCACCUUCGGACCCCUCAAGAAGGGCGAGACCAUGGCGGCAUCGAAGGAGGACACAGCCAGCAGGGUGCUGCCGGGUGCGGCAUCGCUCCCCUCUCCGUUUGGCGGACAAUCUCUGAUCGGCACAUCGACGGGAGAGGGGGGCCUGUCGAGUGCUGCGGCAGCUGCGUCAUCAGCCGCAGCCAUACCCACACCCAAGCCAAGCACCGACGUGCUCGACGGCCUAAGGGGCGCCCCUUCGCCCGCCUCUUGCGCCGGGCCCACCACCACCACCACAGCCCCAAUGGACCGCUUCGGUGGCAGCAUCUUCGCGCCUGCCAAAGCAGCAACCACAUCACAGUCGACAGUCACACCCACCAGCGGUCCAUUCUCGUUCGGCAAGGCAUCCACAGGGGGAGGAGGUAGUGAUCUGUUUGGUGCCGGAGCAGCGUCAGAAGGUGGCUCUCUCUUCGGCGAAGUCGGGUCGAGUGGCAGCGGCACUGGCAGAGGGAGUCUGUUUGGCCAGGGAGGGGCUGCCACGGGGACGGGUGCCAUAUUCGGCCCGUUCGGCGGCAGUAUCUCUGCGGGCACCGGUGAGUGACAUCAGGGGGCACCACAGACGUCACCACAGAUGGAUGGCUGAAUGGAUGGAUCAAUCUCCUGCUGGCUGCGUAUGUGUGCGGACAAUCAGGUGUGGCGGCGUCAUCUGUCUUCAGUGGAGCGUCAUUCUCGACUGGCGACAGCCUGUCUGGCGGUGCGGCCUUCGGGCAGCAACGACCCGGCGGUGCCGCACAUAGCAGCCCCUCCCCCAUCUACGCGGCCGCCCUUCACCAGCAGACCCACAUCAACAUCGACUGCACCACCGAUGCCGACCGUCACUUCUGGGAGAGUAUGACGCCUUUGGAGGCCUUCCAGCUCGGCAAGCGACUACCCAACUUGACAGCCCUCAGCCUUGUGCAGCCACAGAGCGACCGGUUGUGGUGUCUGGACAGCAUGAUAAGCAUCGUGGAGGGCCAUGCGGACGGGCGGCGCGAGGCGUGCGUGAAGGAGGGGCAGCACCACACGGCGAAGGGCAGUCUGGAGACCAUCGACUUCACCACCACCCCCAUCAGCACCAGCAGCACCACCAGCAGCGUGAAGCAGCACCGUCCCCCGAUCCCUCCUUCAUUCGCCGCCCCACGACCGACCCUCCAUGCGCUCAGGGCCAUCACAGGAGUCGUCCAACAGCACAGUGUGCUGGUCCACACGUGCUGGAAGAUGCCUCCACUCGAGUAUGUCGAUCAGGAGGGGUGGGAUGCCGACGAGCUGGGCCGAUUCAUCAGGUCGUCCUCCUCGGUGAAAGAGGUGGGGGGCUGUCGGUGGACCUGGGGGGAGUGGGCGACUUUCCUUGAGCACUUCCCCGUCGCACCUGCUGGGCAGCCAGGGCCGCUCAGACACCUGCAGACCAUCGGGAUGAUUGUCCGUGAGCGUGGCCGGGACACAAAUGAGAAGCAACUGGCAGGAGUCAGGCGACUGCAGGUAAGCAAUCAUCACACAGCAGAGGGCUCAUCCAUGCGUGCACAAACGAAUUGGUCCUCUCUUUCUUUCUAGGAUGUGCUCACGUCGCGUGGCUGCCGCAAGUCACUGACACGGCUGGACGUGCAGAUCCGAUCGUUUGAGAGCCACGACAGUCUCUCUGCCCUGCUCGCUGUCGAUGACUUGAUCAACAACUGCUGCGUGUCGCCGGACGUGCCCAUCUCUGUGAGAUCGUCUGGCAGCUACUUCGACAUGUCCCUCUUCUACGCCGACUCAUUCCCCCCUCGCCCCUCCCCCUUCAUCAGGACGGCCAUCCAGGAGGCGGCACGGCAGGCGAAGAUGGUGUUCUACACCAUUAGUCUGUUGAAGUUGCUGUGUGCCGAACACACACCGUGGUCAGAAGGAUCAGACGGAGCCCUCGAAUCUCGCCUUCAUUUCGCCCUCACGCCAACAGCAUCACACAGAGGUCCGCAUCAGAGUCCACAUCAUCAAGAGCACGGCAAAGAACAGACAGAGUCCGGGCUAUAUACAACCGGGAAAAACCUUGCUGGUGACGGGCACGCUAUCGUCUCCCAGCGCCAGGGUGGAGAUGGCAGGCACAUCUCCCUCCGCUUCAGCAGCACUGCUCUACUCGUACGCUACUGUGCGGCGACAGGCACGUCCUCUCUCAUCAGUGGCUCAUCAGCAAAGAACUGCGCAAGCAGAGGCAGCGAGGGGCGAGAGGAAGAACAGCAAAGAAAAGCCAGGCAGCAUCGCAGAGCGUUGGGCAACGGUCACACAAAACAACGCACACAAAGCUCGCCAACUUAACAUAGUCUUGGUGGAUUAUAAGGUCGGCUGGAGUGUGUGGCUGCUUUUCUGGUUUUCCUGCCAUACCCCCGCGCUCUUGAGCCGUCCAGGUAUAAAGCGCUGUUGCUGCUCACAGAUGCCACAGAGAACUCUACGCCAUUGUUGGCGGUGCAGCUGCCAAGGGAUCCGUAGGAGCUUAUUUACUCUGACAGCGACUUGGAUCACGUGAAUGUGAAGUGUAUGUGCAUGUAAGCGGAAGCUGUGUCUUGUAGGGCCUUGCUGCAUCCUUCCGCAUCGGUCUCUUCGGAAAAAGACAGAUUCUGCACAGUUUUUUCACACACGGAUAUCGUCGGGAGGCGAACCGGAGCAGGGAUUUUCCUUGCUGAGCCUUGCUGAGGAUACCUUUCUGAGGAUACGGAUGUCUCGGUUCUUGCGGGUCUCUUCCUGGGAGGAUUCCGUCGAUGGGAAUAGACGCCUCGCAGAAGGCAAGGAUCGCUUUGGUAGGGGGAACGUUUUCGAGCUGCCUGCCUGGUCUGAUGUUGCAAUGAGCGAUCUGCUGGAGCAUGCACGGUUGGCGGCCUUGUAGUUCACGGCUGGCCGCGAUUUUGUUCGUGUCGCAACUGACGCUGCCUGGAUUUCAUCUCUCGGCCGAUGUCUGUUCAUUCAUGGAUGUUCUUAUCAAUCCACGUGCCGUACACUCGCCGACGCAUCCAUUGACCCUUUCCUCAUGUACAGUCCGGCCGUCGUUUCUUUGUUGAUAUGUCUCACAUAUUCGAGAACGGAUUUCGAAGCCGAGGCAGCGC